UAUAUAAAGGUCAUAGUUGAUAGUUUAUCCAAGAAGCCGAAGAAGAACUUGAAGCUGACGAAAGAUAAAUGGCUUCCUAUAAAUAUAAGCAGCACUCUUUGGUUUUAAGCUUCGUGAUCACGUUAUUUCUGUUGCUCUUGCAAUUUCAAGUUGGUAUAAGUGAGCUGCAACAGAACUAUUAUUCCCAGAGUUGCCCUAAAGCUGAAGAAAUCAUCAAGCAAGAGGUCACUAACCUUUACGAGGAACAUGGAAAUACCGCCGUCUCCUGGAUCAGAAAUCUCUUCCACGAUUGCAUUGUUGAGGGAUGUGAUGCGUCUCUGUUGUUAGAAGCGGCAGACGGCAUGGAGUCAGAGAUAGCGUCGGAUCGGAGCUUUGGGAUGAGAAAUUUUAAGUACGUGAACACCAUCAAACAGGCCCUAGAGAAGGAAUGUCCUCUUACAGUUUCUUGCGCUGAUGUUAUAACUCUUUCUGCAAGAGAUGGCAUUGUCAUGUUAGGAGGGCCUCGGAUUGAAAUGAAAACGGGAAGGAGAGACAGCAAGGAGAGUCAUGCAAGAGUGGUGGAUGAGUCUAUACCUAAUCACAAUGAUUCCAUCUCCUUAGUGCUCUCUCGAUUUCAAUCGAUCGGCAUCGAUGUUGAAGGCAUGGUUGCCCUUUUAGGAGCUCACUCCGUGGGUCGAGUUCACUGCCUGAAUCUUGUGCACAGACUCUACCCUACUGUUGAUCCAACUUUGGAUCCCGACCAUGCUGCGUACCUCAAAGUUCGCUGCCCGACUCCAAUUCCUGACCCGAAAGCAGUGCAGUAUUCAAGAUUCGACCGCGAAACACCCAUGAUUCUGGAUAACAUGUACUACAAGAACGUCUUGAACCACAAGGGUUUGCUCAUAAUCGAUCAACAACUGAGUUCUGACCCAGAGACAUUGCCUUUUGUGGAGAAGAUGGCUUCCGAUAAUGGAUACUUCUACGAGCAGUUUUCGAGAGCUGCAAUUCUUUUGUCGGAGAACAAUCCACUUACUGGAGACCAAGGAGAGAUCAGAAAGGAUUGCCGCUAUGUGAACGGCAGUUAGUUAUGUGAUGUAUAAGAUCACUGUACUACUGUAAAGUAGUACCAGUGUAUGUGAAAUAUAUAACGUACCAGUCUUUUUGUAUUGGUAAAUAAGACCAACUUCUGUUCUUCUGUUC